GGGGUGUGGUUGAAAGUCAAAUGCCAGAAAGCUUCAGAAUGUCUCUGUCUUGAUUCUAGCCAGCCGUGUGUGUGUGGAAAUAGCAGAGGUAUGGACUUAUUCUCUUCCUUGAAGACUGCCUAUGACUCUAUUGGAUCAGAGAUUUCAAAGAGUUUUGAUUCUACUGACUUUGAGAAGCAGUCCACCCCAGCUCCCAACACACAGCCUAGAGCUGAGGAGGAGCCCACUACACAACCAGUGCCUAGAACUGAGCCACAGGAGAUAUCAGGACACAAGGCCCAGUCCUCUGAGGGGGAGACUGUUGGUCAUAAUGAGGGCAAUGAUUUCAAUACCUCGUGGAGCCAAUGGGAGGACACACCUACUAGGAAGACACCACAGCAAGAGAAGAGCAGCCCCCCUCUCGUGAAGACCCCUCCCACCAAUGAGGCUACUCCCAACAAACCAAUGGCCACCUCCACACCAGCUAAGGGGACUCCAAGCAAGGGAAAAUCCAGUUUGGAGGCUCUAUCCAGAGAAGAUCUGAUCAAGUACAUCAAGAAACAAUCUCAACUACUGCACAAGUCCAAGGUCAAGUGUGAAGAGCUGUCACGCGAGUGUGAGACCACACCCACUGACAGCCUCCUGGAGGAGCUACAGAUAGUGAGGAGUGAGAGGGACAUGGCAGUGCAGCAGGGGAAGUCCCUAAAACAAGAGAAACAGGAGCUUAAUGAUGAGGUACAAAUGCUGACAGAGGCUAACUCUAAACUAAAGGCCUUCUGUGAGAAAGUCCAGAGUCAAGAGUCGGCCAUUACUGAGCUAAAGAGAAGCCGUGAUGAAAUGAAUGAACAAUUCUCUCAAGAUAAGAAUGAACUCUCUUCACAACUUGUGCAAUUGAGAGCGGAGCUGGAGGAAGCAAAGAAGGAGACGACGACACCAUCUGAGGACAUUAGCUCAGAGCAACAUGCAUUACAAGUGGAGAGAAUGGAGGGUUUGCUCAGUGAGAAAACUGCCCGAAUAUCUACCCUGGAGAAAGAGCAAUGUCAGCUGAAUGAUGAGUGUGAUGGAUUGAAGAAUAGGAAUGUGGCCCUAACACAGCAGUUGUCUGAUUCCAAUACCAGACUUGAGGAAUUGGAGUCACGAUACCAAGACUUAGAGAAUGACAAUCAACAAUCUAAAUAUCAAUUAAGUGAAACAAUGUCGAAAUUAGAAUCUGCUCAAACUGACAAAGAAUCAAAACUGAUUGUUAAUCUAGAGGAACAACUGGCAGAGGUCAGAGGUCAACUGGAGGAAGCAAAGAGUGAUAUGAUGAGUGAACAUGAGACGCACAGAGAGGAGACUAAGAAACUCAAGGCAUUUAUACUUAAACUGAAGAAGCAACUCAAAGAGAAAGUGGAUUCUAGUAGUAGCGAGGUCGCUCUGAGGGAGGAGGGGGAGGGGCUUCGGGUUGCCAUGGAGACAGUGACGGCUGAGAAAGAUCAGCUGGCAGUCCGACUAAGUGAAGCACAGACUAACAGUCAAGUGAUGGAAGGACAAGUACAGGAGUUGAUCUCCUCACUGACUAGCAGGGACACAAGGAUAGAGGAGCUAGUGAGCAUAAGAGAUGAGCUCUGUGUGAGAGUGACCACCAUGGAGGAGGGGAGGGAAGUGGCAGCAUCUGAGCUAGCUAGUACUCAAGCAGACCUAGCCACCGCCCACUCACACUCAAACACUCAGCAGCACACUAUUGAGAAGCUCCAGUCCUCCGUAGCCUCAGUGCGUGAUGAGCUAGAGAGGGAACAGCUCAGUCAUUCUGAGACAAGGGACAAGUUGUCCACUGCUCAGAAAGGAGCUCAAUCAUCCACUCUCAUGAACCUUGAACUCCAAGACUAUCAGAGGUCAAUAAGGUCACUGGAGGAGGAAGUGGCAAGCAAAAGGGCGGAGCUUGAGUCUACUCAGAAGGAAAUCCACACCCACCUGGACAAAAUAGAACAGCUCAAGAAAGAACUAGAGUGUACGGGUGCCCAACGUGGUGCUGAAGUGGAGACAGUGAGUAAACUGAAGGCUUUGCUAGUAAGGAACAAGAAGGAGCUGGUGGAGGGACGGAGGAAAGAGGUGGAGCUUGGAGAACAAGUCGACCAACUCACUGCACAACUGGAGAGUGGGCGGGGCCAAUCAGAAGAGUACAAGGUUGAGCUGAGUGAGUUGAGUGCCAGGCUCCACUCUGAGCAGCUAGCAUCACAGUCAUCAAUGGAGGCACUCCAACAAACAGUGCGAGGAUUGGAGCUAAAGACAGCAGGUCUUCAGAGUCAACUCUCCUCAUCACAGGCCUCCCUCAUGCUGGUGCAGGGCGAGUAUGACAGCUACAAGGUACGUGUGCAUAGUGUACUGAAGCAAAGGUCCACAGCAGCUGAGCAGGUGGACAUCAACCCAGAGAUUAAGAAGAGCUACGAGGACGAGAUAACCAACCUAAAGGCAUCACUACAGAACACAAAGUCUCAACUCUCAGUGGUACUAUCUGAUCAUGAUGAGCUCCUCUCUGAGCAUGACACCUUGACUGGUCGCCAUGACUCCCUACUCCAGGAGGCACAGACUACAAGGGAGCGACUAACUCUUCGUGUUAGAGAAGUAGAGUCUGCAUACAAUCGUGAGAGUGUGGAGCAAAGAGGACUGGUAGAACAACUACGCCACGAGAUAGAGGAACUGACAACAGCAUUCACCAAUCAGAUCACAGGAUUGCAACAGGAACAUAAGAAGGUUGUGCUUGGUUUGCGUGAGGAGCUCCACUCGACACAUUCUCAGUUGAGUAGAUUACAAGAAGAAGGGGAUAAUAAAGUGUUCAUUAGAGCUAGUAGUCAAGAAGCAAGGGGUGUGGUCAAGAAGGGGCUUAGUCUCGAGGUAAAGCCCGGGGCACUACCCAGUGAAUCAAGGACCUCGGGAGUGGGAAUGGAUCGCUCUGAACUAGAAUCAAGCUAUCCAUCAACACCUCUAUCUCGUGAGGACUCUAGUGCUAGUCUGGAGCGACUCCUCUCAGACACAGGAGGUGGUUCACUAACAGAGCGACUGUCAGACACUGAGCUAGCAUUACAUAAGAGGCUGCAAUCAUCAGGGGUCAAGAUAGACCAUGUCACAGAGCUACUCAGAGAAAGUGAAGCCAGUUCAGUGCGACUGAGUGAACAAGCCAAGCUACUCAAGGAGGAGAUUAGGAGACUGGAGAGGAAUCAAGAGAGAGAGGGAGUGGCUAAUAUGGAGUACCUCAAGAAUGUGGUGUUGGAGUUCCUGCACACUCAAGAUAUGAAGGAGAGGGAAGGAUUGGUGCCUGUCAUCACUAAGCUGCUGCAACUCAGCCCCCAAGAGGUCAAGUUUGUCCAGGAUAGCAUCCAAGGUGAUGUGGGUGAUGGCCUCCCAGGGUCGGCAGUGGGACCCCCUGCAUUGGGGGCAGCUGGCAGCAAACUCAGCAGCUACAUUCACAGAUGGACGGGAUACUAGAAUGAACAAUGUCAUAUUAUAGCUAGCACUCUGAACUCUCCUCAUAUAUCACCAUCCUGCAUGCAUGUACACUUAGCUAGCUAGCAAUCAUGUUUCGUGCUCUUAGACUGCACUUGUGUUUAUUCAUUCAACUGUGGUCCAUACCAUUAAUUUUUAUUGUGAAAUUGACUCUAAUUUUCAACUUUA